AUGAGUAAUAAUGAUAAUGAUGAUCAACAACAAUUACUAAAAGAUGCUGCUUCUUUAUUAGAGUUCGCCAGUGCUGCCAAACAUCAAUCAAAUCAAAAUUCACCGUCAUCGAUUAAUAAUGAAAUAUUAACGAGAAGAACAAGUAUACCUACUAGAGAAAUAACACCACCAAAUAUAAAUAUUCCCAUGUCAUUUGAAAAUCAAAAUGUACAACAAAAUUUACAACAUAAAUCAGAACCUGCAACUCCUGUAAUACAACAAGAUAAAUCAAAUGAAUUAAGAAAAAGUUCAAUAAGUGUAUUAAUGAAUGAUGAAAGUCAAUCUAAUCCAUUUGUGAAAAUUCCUCAGGAUAACGUUUUAUCACCACCAAUAUCACUAACGAAACCGCAGGCUGAUAAUUUAUCAAAUACUCCAAUUAUGAAACCUACUACUUCAACAAGUUCUGAAUCAUCUAAUAAACAACAUACAACGGAGAAUAAGUCUAAAUCACCAGGCCAUAGUUAUAAUAGAGGUAUUGAUUUAAUUAAUAAACAACGAAAUAACGAAAAUGCAAUGAUCGCUGCUGCUGCUUUGACUGCUGCUGCUGGUUAUCCAUUAGUGCCAAAACCUAAAACUAAGAAGGAUGAAGUGAAGAAAGAAGAUGCAAAAGAAAAGGAAGAGUCCGAGAAAUCACCUAAAUCGACUGAUGAAAAAUUUCCAGAAGAUCAAUUAACUGAACCAGAAAAUGAUGAAAAAACGGAAGAUGAGAAAAUCGAAAAUGAAAAUGAACCAGAAAUAAAACCAGAGAUAAAACCAGAAAUACAACUUGAAGUUAAAGAAGAAACUAAAGAGAAGAGUAAAAUUUCUGUACCUCCUUUAUCUUCAUAUCAAGUCGAUCCUGAUUCUGGUUUAAUUGGAUGUAUUUGUGGCAUUGAAGAUGAUGAUGGUUUUACUAUUCAAUGUGAUGUUUGCUUUAGAUGGCAACAUUGUGUUUGUAUGGGAUAUGAAAAUGGAGAUGAAGUUCCAGAAGAAGAAUAUAAAUGUUAUUAUUGUGAUGAAUUGAAAUGGGGUAAAAUUGAUGCAGAAAAAGCAAGGAGACAAACUUUAGAAAGAUUAGAAGGUGAUGAUACAAAAUCUGAUAAACAAGACGAUGAAGAAAUGAAAUCUGAAGAUUCAGCACCAAUACAGCAACAACAACAGCAACAACAACAACAACAACAACAAGAUUCUAAAUCUCAAUUACAAGCACAACAAUCACCAAAUAGUAAUUCAACUCCAUCAACUGUGAGCAAUAAUAAACGAAAACAACCGAAUUCUGAAAAAGCAGAGAAAAGAAGAAAAUCAGAAGAACGUCAUCAUCAAUCACCGAAAUCAUCAUCAAAACAUCAGAGUCCAAAUUUAGAAGAUGAAAAUUUACCUAACAAAAAUAAUGAAUUAUUAGAAGACGGUAUAACUGCAGAAUCAUAUGAAUCAACAUAUUACAAAUUAAAAGAAAAUGAUUUCAAAAGACAAAGUACCAAAAAAUAUCUAAAUGAUUUAGCAACAAGUUUUUAUAAUGAAUUCCAAUCACAUAAAGACGGUUCUAAUUCUUACAAAGACGUUGAACUAAUGACAUUAUCACAAUUUAAAAAUAUUAAAUUUAGUAAAAUCAAUUUACCUAAUUAUUUUAAGUAUUUACAAGAACACAACAAAUUGACUAAUAAAAAUAAGAAGUUUAACAAAUCAGUAAUUCAAGUCAAAUCAUAUACAGAUAAUCAAAAACAGAAAUUCAAUGGUAUUCCAAAAUUAUCAUUGUUUAUAAAUUCAAAUGAUUCUUCAUUAUUGACAAUACCUGAAAACACCCUAAUUAUUGAAUAUUUAGGUGAGUUUGAUUUAUUCGAAAAUUAUUGUAAAGAUAAAGUUAAUCAAUAUAGUUUAUGGGGAACUACAAAACCAAAAGUUUUAAAAACAUCAUUACCUACUAAAGAUGGUUUAAUUGAUGUUGUUUUAGAUUCAAGAUUUGUUGGUAACGAAAGUAGAUUUAUACGAAAAGCAUGUCCAACUUCAUCAAAUUGUAAAAUUAAGACAAUUUACAUACCCGAAUUAAAUCAAUUUAAAUUUAUAGUAGUUACUACAAAACCAAUAACUUUCAAAAAUGACUCAUCACAAGAUGAAGAAUUAAGAUUACCAUGGGAAUGGGAUAUAAAUCAUCCAAUUUUAAAAUUGUAUUCAAGAAAUGGUAAUGAACCUGCUAAAUUUGAUGAUUUAUCAAAUGAAGAUAAAACAGCAUUAAUUUCAUACAUUGACAAUAUUUUAUAUUUUACUGAAUGUGGUUGUUCAACGUCAAAUAAUCAAUCGAAUAAUUGUGCAAUUUUUAAAAUUAAAAAGGCAACUGCAUAUUUAAUGAGAUCAACUAGAAAAGCAUCAAAUAUAAGUAAUUUAAAUUUAACAAAAUCCAAAGAAGAAUUAAUUAUACCAAGACCUGAAAAGGAAUAUGUACCAUUUGAUGAACGAAUGAAAAAUAGAGAUGAAAAGAUUUUAAAUGAUCUUGAAAAAAUAGUAACAAAUUCACAUAAAUCAGAUAUUAUAGAUGAAGAUAAAGAAAAUGAUUUAGUUGAAAGAAAUUUAAUUCGUUCUUCAUCUGGAUUAUUCAAAAUACCAAUUAGGAAUCAAAUGUUGAAACAAGCAAAUGCAAAAUUAUAUAAAAUAAUUCACAAAGAAAAUGAGAACGUGAAUGAAAUUAAUGACAAGGAUGAAGAUGAAGAUGAUUAUGAAAUCCCAUUUCCAGUUGUUCCUGAAUUGGUUGCUAAAAUAGAAGCUCAAAUUGAUGAAAAACUUAAAGAAAGUAAUGCAAAUGAAAUUGAUUCAAAGAAAUUAGUUGAAAAAGCAGCUGAAAUACCUGAAAAGAAAGAAAUUGUAAUUGAACAACAUGUAGCUCAAGAACCACCGAAAGUAGUUAAAAAAUUAUCAUUUGCAGAUUAUAAAAAGAAAAUGAAAUAG